UUAAAAAAUACUUCGUUUUGGCAUUUACCUUACUUCACGGUCACAGGCAAAGCAGACGGUUAGGUAAGAAGAAAGUCUAUCAUUCUUCUCGACUCAGUAUUGGAGGGAAGUUAACCAUCUCCUGCCAUAUUUUUUUUAACAGAAAGUGCUUCCCUCAUUAAAUAUGCAAGAUGAUGAUUCUACAAAAAAUUGACAAUUUCUUAGAAGAAACUUUUGAUACUGGAGAUAAAGAGAUUCGAACAUGGUUUCUAGUCCAACAAAAUCUCUUACCUUUCGCAUUAUGUGGAAGUUACGCCUUGUUCACCAUCUUUAUUGGCCCUGCCAUUAUGAAGAACAGGAAGCCUUUCGUCAUGAGAAUACCAAUGAUCAUAUACAACUUAUUCCUCGUGGUGGUUUACACAGUUUCUCUAACAAUAAUCUUUACAAAUUUGCCGUAUAUUAGUCCUGAAGUGUUUUGCAAAGGAGGUUCGGUAACAAAAGGAGAUUUAACAUACAAAAUUACAUCCUGCUGUUGGGUGAUCUACAUACUGAAAUACGUACAAUUUUUAGAUACAGUGUUUUUCAUCCUACGCAAAAAGUGGCACUUAGUAACAUUCUUACAUGUGUUUCAUCAUACUGUUGUGCCUGUAAUUGGCUGGGUUAUACUCAGGACAGAAACAAGUGGCAUGCAAGCCAUGCUUGUGCUUCUGAACGCAGUAGUUCACGUGGUAAUGUACACAUACUACGGAUUGGCAGCCAUAGGCCCACACAUGAAAAAAUACCUAUGGUGGAAAAAAUAUCUAACUUUGCUUCAAAUGGUGAGUUAUGUUAAGUUUAAUACAUUAAUCUAA